AUCACAACAUACUUUCCCUGCUUGACGAUUGCGUGGUAUCAUAGAGCCUGUAUGUGCAGCAUAGCCUGGUUUCCCGCAUAGGCCAUUUAAGUAUCUUCUAGCUUUGAUCAGUUAUAUUACUGUUACUUUUCAUGCAGUUGCUUCAGUUGCUUUGAUACACCGCUCUGUGCGGCUGGUUGGUCUCUAGACAUUGCACUAGACGUAGGCCCCAUAGCCAAUAAGCAAUGGCGACGGGGGAAGCUGGAUUAGCGCCGCUGGUCGGCACCCAAAUCGCUGUUAUCACAAACGACGGAAAACAUUACGUAGGUAUCUUGCGCGGGUACGACCAGGCGACCAACCUGCUGUUGCAGGAGUGCCAGGAGCGCGUGUACUCAACAAAGUCCGGAGUCCAGAUCAUUCAGAACCCCGGGAUAUACUGCAUCCGCGGGGACAACGUCGCCGUGGUGGGCGAGGUGGACGAGGAGGCGGACUCGCAGUUGGACCUCACUGCGCUGCGGGCGCCCCCGCUGCAGCCCAUCAACCACUGAGGGCGCUAGCUGGGAGGGGGCGGGGCGGGGCAUGCAUGCAGCGCUGAGGGAGGGCGCCCAUGUAGAUAGCGAUGAGGGGUCCAGGCAGCGCUGAGAGAGGCACCGCCCAUGCUAGAUGGGUGGCACUGGGAGAGAGGGGGCGGCCUGGCAGUCGGCACGCCGCCCAUGCAGACAGCACUGGGAGAGAGAGGAGAGGGGGUGGGCGGCCUGACGGGCAGCGGAGGGAGCCCACAGCCUACUAGCGGAACAUCACUGACUCCGCACGUCGGCAUGGAGGACCCGGGGAGGCAGCGAGCAGGGUCGGGGGCGGCCGAGUGGCGCCACGAGUGAGGCGGAUGAGCGCGGGCGACUGACGAGGCGUGUGCCGCAGCUGGGGGGGGCGUGUGGCUGGAGGGUGUGUGUUGAGCGGACACCGAGCAGCCGCUGGGCCCCGGGGGGGUCGGUUUUGCCGACUGGCAGCAGCAGCAGCACUAGGGCAGCAGCGCUAGGGAUCAGGCGGUUGGUGAGGAGGGCGGCGGAGGGGAGCGCGUCCGCACUUGAGUGUCGAAGUGUGUGCCGUUCGGGAGGAAGGCAGCAAUUGCUUUUGAGGCCGAAGGUGGGAGGGGCUUCCAAGGUAGGGACUUACGCAGCUCAAGGGAGGGCUGGGUGCAGAGAAACGGACGGUGGAGGGGCUGCGGCGGCAGGGGGACGUUACCUCCUGGGAAGCGCGGU